AUAACGCUUCAUAUUUAUGAGUCACACUAGUGUUGCGGUAGAAAUAUUAAAUACUGGAGCUACUUAGACUUUAGUUUUAUAUAUUAUGUAGGUUGCAUGGUUUUUCUAAUGAGAAGCUGCUGUGAUAUAAAUGUUAAACUAAAUUAAAUAUUUAUAUUUAUGUACGCAAUUCUUUAUGAAUUGAUAUGAUACUGAUCAAUAGUACGCUAGGUUGUCUUGGUACUGUAUGACUCGUAGUUUCUGACACGAAGCGUACGGAGUCUACGGAGUGGAGGCGCGCGGGCGCCGGCCACCGUCAGUCGUGUUUUGUUAUUAGGAUCGUUCGCGCGUCAUUUUUGUUAACUGUGACUGUGUAUUUUAGUAUUAUGUGUACGCUUAUCCUUCCCUGGGGCACUUGUGUAACGUAGUGUUUGCCAACUUCGAACAAUGACACAAGAAGAGUUUUGUACUCGUUUCAGUGAAGAGCUACGUGUGUCGCCAGAGAAUUUAACUGACGAUAACGAUGUUGUCGUAAGAAAGAAAAGGGUAACGAGUGUUAAAGAGAUGAUUCUGCGUUUUGAAAAGACAAACAGUAAUAUUCUCGAUGAUUCUUUGGAAAGGUCCAAAGAGCCUUCUUUAGGUAGUUUGACGAGUGUUGUCAAUCCGAUUCAGGCCCAUUACCAACAUUUAUGUCCCGCGGCUAGGUCACAAAAUAGAAAUUCAAAUGUAUCGGUUAACUCAAUUUUAUCAAAUGCGUCGGAAAAUAGUAACGAAUCCAGUUCGUCGGGGUUUGUAUCUGAUAGAAAAUCAGGUGGAGAUACCUUAUUGCCGCACAGGCCUGCACCGCCACCUCCAUUACCUUUCAAAGAUAGCAAAAAAUCUCUAAACAACGAAGAAGCGACCUUAAGAGAAAGGCGAUUUUCAUUCACAACGCCGUCUUCUUCGCCCGUAACGACAAGGCGCAGUCGGCAGCCUCCUGUGAUGAGGAAAAAAUCAACUGCAACAAAUCAAGGACAUUCGGGUGAAACGCAUUGGUCUUACGGUGUUAGGCAAAGUGAUUUAGAAAAGUUAUUGAGAUUGAAACGUUCAGAAACUUCGGACAACGAAGAAGACGCUAAGAUAGUUAACAAUAUUUCGUUGGAAAGUGAUAGUAGCAGUAAUAGUAGUAGUAGUAGUGGUAGUGACGAUGAUUCGCACAGUGAUAGUAAUUACAGUAACGGGAAAGAAUAUCUAGUGAAUUUGGAAGACGGUAGAACUGAUACUCUCUCAACGGAUCAUUCAACGGACACCUUGAUUAAUGAAAGAGACAGUGAACCAGGGGAUGAUUUGUCUAUCGGUUCGGGUGAAUCUGGUGCUCCCAGCAAUUUCGAUAAUGUUAGCAUUAAAUCAAUUUCAUCUUUAGACAUGAUACCAUAUCAAAAAUAUGAUAGCAUAACUGUGUCUUCGGACGAGUUCGGUUCGGAAGUAUGUCACGCUCCUGACACUGAAUUUCUAACUGUGAGUGCAGUGAACGAAUGGUGCAUUUCUCAAUCUGCAGCAGAACCGGUAUUGCUGCCACUUGAAUCCAAAAAAGAGAAAUAUAAAAGACGACUAACAGAACGUGUCAACGAGCUCCUACACACAGAAAACGUGUACGUGGAGAGGUUACGACACGUCGUAGAGGACUACAUACCUGUCAUGGAGAAUCAGGACUUAGCGCCGUCAUUCAAAGGCUUGAAGCCAAACAUAUUCGGGAACAUUGAGAGAAUAUUCCGGUUUCACUCGGAGGAGUUCCUGCCCGCGUUGCGGGACUGCGAGAAUGAUCUCAGGAAGCUAGGGCAGUGCUUUAGACGAUUUGAAAAAAGGUUCAAUAUGUACGUAAUGUACUCUAGAAAUAAUAAGAGAGCCACGAGACUGGUGUUUGAGCAUAAACAAUUCUUUCAGGAAAGACAAUUCGAAUUGGGUGACAGAUUAGACUUGUCAAGCUAUUUACUAGAACCAGUCCAGAGACUUCCGAGGUACAAACUAUUUUUAGCCGAUCUAGUGAAGACGUACACGAAUUAUGAGAACGAAAGAUGCGAAUCAGAUUCAAGGAUAUCAAAACUUAGCGUUGACAGCGACGAAACCGGAGGAAGCAACGGAGACGUAUCGGAAAACGACGAAACCCCUUUGGAAAGUCUAAAGAAAGCUAAAACUAUGAUAGAACGCGUGCUGACAGCUGUUGAUGAAAUAAUGGCGUUAGAAAACAUAACCGACUGUCCGCAUUACCUAAACCUUCUGAACCAAGGUCGACUGCUUCGUCAGAACGAGUUCUACGCUAUGGACACGGCUCGGCGCUGGCGACAGCUCAUGAGGAUAUUCCUCUUUGACAAACUCGUUCUCAUCACUGCUGUCUAUAGGAAGCAACAAAGGGUAGAGUACUUCAUAUACAAAGACCACAUCUCAGUGGACGACCUCGGUAUCACGGCCAAGGAACACGACCAGCACAAAUUUACCAUUUGGUAUAAGAAGAGAAACCUGAAGUCCUAUAAGCUGGAGACGAAUGAUCCAGUCAUCAGGAAUUCUUGGGUCCAGGAUAUAACAUCACUACUGUGGGAACAGGCUAUGCAAAAGAAAGAGCUUCUUCAACAGCAGCGAAGCAAACGGAUAUCGAUGGUUUCAAUGGACAGUCAAGCCUCCGUCGAUUCGGAAAGGAACGAUGACAAAUAUAAUUCACUGCGCGGUGUCCCGGGUGAGGUUCGCCGUUCCGGUGAUAAGAAAGUGCGUAGGACAACUUGGUACUGCGAAUGAAAACAAUAGUCGUAUUUUAUUAUGUGUGUGUAAUUUUUUUAAAUUUUUUUUUAUUGUUUAGAUGGGUGGACGAGCUCACAGCCCAUCUGGUGUUAAGUGGUUGCUGGAGCUCAUAGACGUUUACAACGUAAAUGCGCCACCCGCCUUGAGAUAUAAGUUCUAAGGUCUCAAUAUAGUUACAACGGCUGACCCACCCUUCAAACCGAAACGCAUUACUGCUUCACGGCAGAAAUAGGCAGGAUGGUGGUACCUACCCACGCGGAUUCACAAGAGGUCCUACCACCAGAGUAAAAAUAAGUAGUUUAUUAAAAUAUCAUAAAUUAAUUAAGUCAAAAACGUAAUUGCUUGUGCAAUGAAUAUUAUAAAAUUGUUGCUUAAAUUGUGAUUUUGUAAAUUUCAUCAGCAACAUUUUAACUUAUACAUAUCGUAAGUUUCAGAAAAUAAAAUGUUAAAUUUUCAAAAAAAUUACGACCAAGCUUUAGGACGACCUCGGAGUUGUUAAUUAUUUGCGUGUCGAGACGAGAGUGUGAUGAUGAGCUUUCUAAUUUUGACAUCUAGACUCUAAAUAGUUGGAAACAGAAGAACUUCACAUCACUAAGCAAAGUUACUAGCAGAUACUAUUAGAGGCUCACUGAAAAAAAAGUUCUAGCCAAUUUCUGUUGAAGUCUCUAUUUAUUAUGUAUGUGUACUUACCGAGCUUGAAAAAUUCAACUAUUUUUUUGACGAAGCUUAUAUUUUGGUACUUGGAUUCAUUAAAAAGUAAUCAGUCAACACACUAGUGAAUAAUGAAACAUAAUGAACACAUUGAAACACAAGAUUGAGAAUCACGCUGAAGAAGUAAUUACAAAAAAAAAAUGAAUUUAAUUGACACCGUUACAAAUAAUAAUAAUAAUAGUAAUAAUAAUUAGUAAAUUCCAUUAAACUGUAAUUAAUUGCAAAUUUACAUCAAAUUUAAUGCACAAUCAAAUACAUAAUUUGCAAUACAAAAAUCAUUUUAAAUCAAUAUAACGUACAUACAUUCUUGGUUAUGUGACAAUAAUAAAUUUAUAUUACAAAGUAUUAAUAGUUUUAGUUUACGAGAAUCUAUUUGUAAAAUCAUAAUAAUAAUACGAUCCAAAGAGAUAUUUUAUUGAUGUCGUUGUAAAGUAUACGAGAGACGUAUACAAUGUUUGGCUGUUUUAAAAAAAAAAAGCAAUUUAUGAGACUAGUUAAAAUGUAGGUGCUUCGCUUGCGUUCAACAACAGUAUGAAUUGAAGUAACUAAGUUUUUUUUUUAUUUUUUUUUAUUGCUUAGAUAGGUGGACGAGCUCACAGCCCACCUGGUGUUAAGUGGUUACUGGAGCCCAUAGACAUCUACAAUGUAAAUGCGCCACCCACCUUGAGAUAUAAGUUCUAAGGUCUCAGUAUAGUUACAACGGCUGCCCCACCCUUCAAACCGAAACGCAUUACUGCUUCACGGCAGAAAUAGGCAGGGUGGUGGUACCUACCCGUGCGGACUCACAAGAGGUCCUACCACCAGUAAUUACAGUAAUUAAGUACCGAAAAAUUGACAUUGGUUAUUUUCCUCUUUAAAUUUAUCAUAAAAUUAAAUCGAUUUCAAUUAUAUGGAAGUACAUAAUUUUUAUGAAGACAGUUUACACAAAAAUGUAUUAACUUAUUUAGUUUUAAUUGGUCUUCAUAAUAUGAUAGAGUAUAAUUAGUUAAUUUUAAUCAAUACCUUGGUGGGAAAUAUAAUUUGAUUUUUAAUGAAGUUAGUAUCCGUUAAAUAGUCAUAACUUUAUUAUUGUUUAAUAAACAAUAAUAAAUUAUUGUUGUAAUAACAAAAUAUUGUUUAAUAAACAAUAAUAAUAAUAAUAAUAUAUAAGGAACUUAAUGUUUUUCACAAAGACCAAAUAUCACAAAAUUGUAAUAUGUAUUUACAAAUAAUUUAAUAAUUCGAGUGGUGCUUACGUCAUUUGGAGAUGUUAAUUAGAAAAACGUACAGAUUUCUGUCUUUUUGCGUUUUAACUGUAUAUAAUGCAGGAAUGUUCCAGUACGGUUAUAAAUAAAAUAUUACCAAAGUAUCACAAUAUAAUUUUUAUGAUACUUUCCGAGAAUGUGAUAAAAUUUUAUUUGAAAUCGAAUUAGGUUUAAUUUUAAAAACGCAAAUUUCAGUAAUUAUUUCAUGUAUGUUAUAUUAUUUAGUGAUAAUGAGAUGUAUCAUUUGUAUAUAAUAACGCAUCAUAGCAAUUUAGUUUUAAGACGAUAAGCUCACUGCUAAAGAUUAAUAUUAUUCAGAUAAACAAAACAAUAGAAAUAAAAGUCAUUAUGUUAAUUAUUGA